AAUCAGCUGUUGUUGACAAGGCCCGUGUGGGGUUUCGUAGGUUAAUUUCGGUUCGUGAGUGGGUUGCAGGAAAUUUGGAGGAAAUCGUCCUGGCAGAGUUAUGUCAGCGCACUAUCAACGGUUGAUGAAGUUGCUGGAAAAGUGGCCAGUGGACAAAAGAAAGACCGGGAGAGAUCUGGGAGAGCACCUUCGCAAUCAACUGAAAGCAGUCAUCAACCCGACGGACGUAACAACUAAAGUUUCAGAUAAUCUUCAAAAGCAAACCGAAUCACUGGAACGUUUAGCGAACAAUGUUUAUGCGAACAAAUACAAACGUUCAUUAACAUCGACUGCCACAGGAUUAACUGCAGAGCAGUGCAGUCAAGUUCUAUCGUCAGAAUUCUUGGCUUAUCUAAACGACGAGCGUGGUUUCUUCAGCAAAGACAAGUAGAUACUCUCUAUGGGACCUACUAUCAGGCCAAGUAGAUU